UUUUUUUUUUUUUUUUUUUUUUUUUAGUGAACUUAAAAGUUUGGUGAUAAAAAUGACUAAAGUGUUUUCAAAAUGAGGGGCAUUGAAUUGAUGCUAAUUGGAAUUUAUGCACUGACUAGUAAUAAUACUAUUGAUUAUACACUUCCUGGACGUUAUAAUAGGGAAGAAAAUUUAGAAACAGUAAUAAAAAAUAGUUUUUUAUCCAGUGUUGAGGCAGAAAAAAAAUAUAGUAGUGUAGUACCCAAAGAAAUAAUAGUCACUAGUUGGGAUGAAUCGCCGUACUCUUCAAUAAGAGAAGUAAAUGGAGAAUACAAAGGCGGGGGUUACGCAUUCAAAGUAUUCGACAUCAUAGCAGCUAAAUUAAAUUUUAAAUACAAAAUUGUCCUGCCUGAGAAACCGAUACUCGGCGACAACGUCACAGGAGUAAUUGGGAUGUUAAAUCAAUCGAAAGCACACGUGGCAGUGGCAUUCAUACCAAUAAUACCAGAAUAUUUAAGAUUCGUUGAAUUUAGUCCAAUAUUAGACUAUUUAGAAGUCGCUAUACUAUUAGAGCGACCAUCACAAUCAGCUAUUGGCUCUGGAUUGCUUGCUCCAUUCAGCAGAACCGUAUGGAUAUGUAUAUUUGUGUCGCUAGCUCUUGUGGGACCAAUUAUUUAUAUUGUUACUUCGUACCGCGCAUAUUUAUGGGGACGUACUAAGAAAGAUAAAUAUUCAUUUAUUGAUUGUGUUUGGUUUGCUUAUGGUGCAAUAUUGAAACAAGGAUCAGCACUCACUCCUGAAGCUGAUUCAAAUCGACUUAUGUUUGCUAGCUGGUGGAUAUUUAUCACAAUAAUUACAUCGUUUUAUACUGCUAACUUGACAGCAUUUUUGACAUUAUCCGAGUUUACGCUGGCAUUCACUUCCGUUAAAGAUAUUGUUAACCAGCAUAAAACUUGGUCGGCUCAACAACAUUACAUCGUUGACAUCACAAUAAAUAGAAACGAUCCUGAAGAAUUGACACCACUUCGUACCUCAUACAGAGAACAUCGUGGUAUAUUUUAUCAUAUAUCAAGCAAAGAUAACAAAACUGAAAAGGUAGCAAGUUAUCUUACAAAUAGACGAUUAUUUAUUGACGAAAUUCAAUUUGUUGAAAAUUUUAUUAAACAAGAUUAUUUAAAUCGCACGCGGCAAAAUAUGGUGGAGAAAAAAAAAUGUUAUUACAUAAAAAUGCCGAAUCCGGUAUUUCAACAGAAUCGAGGAUUUGCGUAUCCAAUUAAUUCAAAUAUCAGCAAAGCUAUAAACCGAGAAUUACUUCAUCUAUCAGAAUCGGGAAUAAUACAACACAUAGAAUCAGUAAAUAGGCCGAUGGUUACGUACUGUCCCCUCAUGUUGGGUUCAACGGAACGUAAAUUAGAUAAUAAUGAUUUAGAAUUAACGUACCAAGUAAUAGCAACUGGAUUUUUGUUUUCAUUAAUUUCAUUCAUUGUCGAAGUAAGUCAACAUUACUUCAGGUGUCGCGUGUGUUUGUGUUGUGCUGACUCUUGUACCUGUUGCAAAACGCGGAUGAAGGAACCAGUAAGUCCAUCAAAGCGUCCGCAAUUACCGUUACCCCCACCUCCAACAAUAACAACGGUACCAGCUAACACAGAAUUUUCAUCAUUCACUAAGCCCCCAAUCAUACCGAUUUAUGAUACCAUUGAUAACUUUAAAAAUUCUAAAAUUCAUUAUGUCAAUGGCCGCGAUUACUUUGUCGUACAUGAAACGACGGGGGCAAGACGACUUGUACCAGUACGCAGUCCGUCGGCGUUAUUGUUUCAAUAUAAUAACUAAUUUAUUACGUCACCCCUUUAAUGACUUAAUGGGAAACGACAAAAAUAAAUAAAUGGGUUUUUUCAUUUGAUUGACUAAUUUGAAUCAAAGAUCAUUGAUAAUUUAUUUUAAUAUUUUAUUGCUGUGUAAUUAUUAAAUUAUUAAUUAGACCUGACGAGGGCUGUAUUGAUUUUUUUUUAUUUGUUUAUUUCCCCGCCUAGUUUAAUUGCGACAAUUACACACGCAUGGUGGUGCUAUUUGCCGUUUAUAAAAAAUUUAUCUCUGACUGACGAUGGGUUUUUUAGGUAAAUUAAUUAAUAAAGUGCACGUGAGUUUUUGUUGGUGGGGAUAAAAAAAUUUAUGGCUAAACAUUAUCGACCUCUUUUACGUAAACUUAAUCUUUAUUUAAUUAUUCAAGGAAAUUCUCGGGUCGCGGCGCGCGAAAACUACGCGAUUUAAAAUAAUUUUUUUUGUCGGCACAUGGUAUCAAAAAAAAUAAUCCGACUUUCUU